AAUUCAUUCUUCUCCGAGUCCUCAAGGCGAAUAACCUCGAUCUCCAGAAUGACUAUCAAACUGUAUGCAAAUCUAAUCAGCCAGCCGAGUCGCGCGGCGGAAUGGGUCCUGCGACUCAAGAAGCAGGACCACGAGCUGGUGAUGACGGACUUUGGCAGCCCCACUUUCAAGUCGCCCGAGUUCUUGGCGAUGAACCCUAACGGUCUCAUCCCAGUUCUGCAAGAUGGAGAGUUCUCGCUAUUUGAGGGCAACGCUAUCAUGCCUUACCUGGCCGAGAAGUUCGGCUGGCCGGAUCUGUACCCGACCGACGUGCAGGCCCACGCUAAGGUAAACCAGUACUUGCACUGGCACCACACGAACGCGCGUCUCAUCACGUCCAAAGUGCUGGUGCCGAUCAUGCACACCAAGCAGAACAUUGCGACACCGGAGGAGGCUGUGUGCGUGAAGGACACGCCUGCUCUCCUCACCAAACUGGCGGAGCUCAUGGAGGAAUUUCUGGUGAAGGACUUUGUGGCCGAGACGGACCACCCGACUGUUGCGGACUUUGCUGCCUAUUGCGAGUUCGUGCAGAUUGAACUCAUGGGCAUCUUCGACUACUCCAAGUACCCCAAACUUUCCUCCUGGAUGAAACGCAUGAAGAAGCUACCGCACCACGAUGAGAUCCACGCCACUUUGGACUCGUUCCUGGGCAGCUCGGGACUGAAGACCAAGGCGAGCUCGUGAAAAGCGAAGAAGUGCUUCUAUCCAGUUAUCGUAAAGUAAUGCCUCAGGAGAAUCUUUCCAGAAUCUGUGCUACUCCUGCACCUCUCACUGCUACAGUGGUCGACUUUUUAUUAAAUAACACAAAAACAAUAUAUGGAUAGUUCUUUCCAGGAAGUGCUCCAGCAUAUUUUUCUAAGAAUCUUUUGGUCUUG